UUAAAUUAUAUUAAAAUGAAUAAUUAUGCACGUGCUGAAACUCGAACACUUCACUCUAAUCUUUACUCCAUGAGUAGUAUAAAUAAGAAGCACAUCUUGAAGAAGAAACCUCAACCUUCCAAGCUACAAUUGUGCUCUAUUUUAUGCUCAAAACUUGGUUGGCAAAACAAAGUUCAAGCAAAAUACACAAUCAUGGAUAAGCCAAGUUUCGAGUACAAGAAGCUGGGUUUUAACAAGAUGCUCUUAAACUACGUUCCUGUCUAUGUGAUGCUACCAUUAGGAGUUGUAUCUCGUCGAAAUUCAUUCAAAGAUGAGGAAGGCACAAGGAAGCAACUAGAGAAACUAAAAGAAGCCGGUGUAGAUGGAAUAAUGGUGGACGUGUGGUGGGGAAUAAUAGAAGGCCAAGGUCCAAAGCAGUACGAUUGGAGGGCUUAUCGACGUCUGUUUCAAGUCGUGCAGGAAUAUGGCUUGAAAAUCCAAGCUAUUAUGUCUUUCCAUCAAUGUGGAGGCAAUGUAGGGGAUGUUGUCACUAUCCCCCUCCCUGAGUGGGUUCUCAACAUUGGUAGAUCCAACAACGAUGUCUUUUAUACCAAUCUUGAUGGUACUAGGAACGUCGAGUACCUUUCCCUUGGUGUCGAUAAUGAGCCUCUCUUUGAAGGCCGGACACCUAUCCAGAUGUACAGCGAUUUCAUGAAGAGUUUUAGAGAGAAUAUGUCGGAGUUCUUUGAGGCGGGAACCAUAGUGGACAUCGAAGUAGGUGCAGGUCCAGCAGGGGAGCUACGAUACCCUUCUUAUCCCGAGUCUCAAGGAUGGGUUUUUCCAGGAAUCGGAGAAUUUCAGUGUUAUGACAAAUAUAUGGCAGCAGACUUUAAGAAGGCAGCAAAAGAAGCAGGGCAUCCUGAAUGGGAGCUGCCAACUGAUGCCGGAAAAUACAAUGACACUCCUGAAGAAACAGGUUUUUUCAGAAGGAAUGGAACUUACAAAUCUGAUAAAGGAGUCUUCUUCUUGACUUGGUACUCCACCAAGUUAAUUUACCAUGGUGAUCAGAUCUUGGAAGAAGCUAACAAAGCAUUCCGUGGUUGCACACUCAAGUUAGCGGUUAAGGUAUCAGGGAUUCAUUGGUGGUUCAACUAUCAUUGUCAUGCUGCUGAACUUACUGCAGGGUACUAUAACUUGUAUCGUAGAGAUGGAUAUCGGCCAAUUGCAAGGAUGCUUACUAGGCACAAUGCCAUCUUGAAUUUCACAUGUCUUGAAAUGAGGGACACUGAACAAUCUUCUGAAGCUUACAGUGGUCCGGAAGCACUUGUUCGACAGGUAUUAAGUGAUGGAUGGAAAGAGAACGUUAAAGUUGCAGGUGAAAAUGCACUUCCAAGAUAUGACAGCACAGCUUACAAUCAAAUCCUGUUAAAUGCUCGCCCGAAUGGUGUUAACAGCAAUGGAGCACCAGCACUGAAGAUGUUUGGGUUUACUUAUCUUCGUAUUUCUAACGAUCUACUGGAAUAUAAUAACUUCAAUCUGUUUAAGAAGUUUGUCAAGCGAAUGCAUGCUAACCAAAAUUACUGUCCAGACAUAGAGAAGUAUGGAAACUCCAUUGAGCCAUUAGGACCAUCAAAGCCGAAAAUUCCUGUUGAUGUUCUUCUGGACGCGACUAGACCAACAGAGCCAUUCCAAUUUGAUAAGAAGACAGAUAUGAGUGUUGAUGGUUCACUCUCUGCCUUUGGAGCCAAACUGAAAAACUUGAUUUCUUGCCUAUUCAAAAAUUAAGUACAAUUCAAGCCUACGUGAAAGUGAGCAAACACUAUGUUACAUUGUAACUGAGAAAAAAAAAAUGUUUCUAAGUUUCAGAUUAAACUACUUAGUUCUUCUAUGUCGCGUUUCAUCCAUGUAUCUGGUAAAAUAAAUAAAAAGCUGUAUCUGGUGUUUGCACAAGGCUUAUUUUCAUAUAUUAGCUGCUUAAUAAAUGAGAAGCUGUAUCGAGGGUUUGCACAAUGUCGCUUUACAUGUACUUUUAUCUGGUAAAUGAAUGCAUAUUUACAUUAGCUGUUUUUGUACUCCUA